GUUAUUUAAUGCGUCAAAGUUCAAGGUCGAAAGUGGAAUUGCCAAGUUAGUUUAGUCAGUGUUGAAAUGAAAGAAAAGAAUGAAGAAUUUGGGUUUGACUAUAUGCCCAUUCCAAGGGAGGAUUUAGGAGCUCCUAUUGAAACCAAUUAUGAUAGAUUCAUUCGUAAAUCCAAAGAGAAUCCGUUUGUACCUAUUGGGAUGGGAGUUACCACAUUAGCUCUCUCUUACGGAUUGUACCAGAUGAAGACUGGUGACAGAAAGAUGUCGCAACGAAUGAUGAGAGUUCGUAUAGUUGCACAAGGAGCUACAGUGGUUGCCUUAAUGGUCGGAGUGCUAAUGGGAGUCGGCAAACCGUCAAAAUGAUUUAAUAAAAGAUACAUGAAUUCUAGAUCUUUUCAUUUUAACAUCUUUGAUACUGAAUACAUGUGAUUUUAUUUCUGUAUUCAAUUUCAAAUAUUUUGAGACAUUAGAAAAUUAAUCAGAUACAAUUGAGUGAUUGACAAUGAAUACUGAUUUAAUUUUAUGGCCUUAAGAUCUUUCGAAAUUCGUAAAAAAAAUGUCUUAAUUUGAUGACUUUCGAAAUCUUUAAAUGUCUUUGAGAAAAUUAGCUAAAAAAGGGUAACUUUAUGUGCAGGAUGUUGAUUAUUUUCAUGUAUUUUAUUAUAAAAGUUAAAUAUGAAUGUGUACAUGGUCUGGAAUCUACAUGUAAUUUAUAAGUACCUAAUCGUUAUGUCAUGGGUUUUGUUUUAAGAAAAAGAAAAAAACAAUUUGCCAGAAACAAACUAGUUUUUUUAAAUCUGCAGUUCAGGCAUAAAGAUUUUAUAAAAAGUAAACAAAAAAAAAAAUCUUUUUCACAGAGAUAAAGAUUUUAACCUAAUUCAGUUAUUGUUAUGAAACCUGAUUAGGUUUAGGAAAGUAUUAUGUUAUGGAUUGAUGUACAUUGAUGAUAUUUUGAAAGUGAAAAGUGCGACAAAAAAAUGUGAACUCCUUGUGAUAAUUGUGUUCAAUAAACAUAAAGUAAUAAUUACUGUAAUGUUCAUAAAUGUUGUUAACCCUUUAGCACUUGCUAAAUGUUCUUAUUGACUACCCAAGUUCCUUGAAGAAAAUUGGAGAAAAGUGAGAUAUUAAUACCGGUACAGUCCGAAACUGCUGUUCCUAAGAGCACCUCAGACCAUCUGAGAUAUGUGAAUACCAUUCUAUACUGUAACCGUUUAUUAUUCCGUGUUGUCGCAACAGCUGUGUACAUGAUGGGGUGGUCUAAGGAGCCCAAGUUAGUGUGGUUUAGGCAGAGUAAGUACUAAAAGGUUAAAAUAUCAGAGCACAUGUGAUGUUGUUGCAAUAUGUUUAUUUCUAAAGUUAUACUAAUGUAUUUAGUGUAUUACAAUUUCUUCUGUUCUUAAGAUAUGCAAUUUGUUAUAAAACCAAUUGUACUAUUUCUUUACUUGAAGGGUCAUGCCAUGACAUUAAGAAAUGAUUUGAGAUAAUGAACUAUCUAUAUUUGAAUUAUAUACAUUACAAUACUAUAUAUGAGAUAAAGCAAUCUUAUGAUGACUUUUACCUCUCGUGUGCAGUUCAUUUAGCACACAAAAAUGUUUUAACACUGAUUGUGUGCUAAAUAAAAGCACUUCUGACAUAAACUCACUCACAGUAUUUUUGAAUUGAGCAAGAAACUACCAGUGUUUGCCAUUGUGAAAAUGGAUGGUAGAUUAAAAUUUGAAUCAUGAUUUAAAACACAUGUCAUAUUAUGAUGAAAUGUGUGUACAUAUUGUGUAUUAUUUAAUGUGUGAGUUGAGUAUAAAAUAAUAAAUUUGCUAUAUGAGUUUUAAAAUAA